AUGGUGGGAAGAAGGCGGAGGAGAAGGAGAAGGAGAAGGCGGUGGCACCAGCUACUACCGCCAGCACUGCGACCAGUAGUGCUACCACUACUUCCGCCGCCGCCGCUGCCACGAGUGAAAAGCCAGCCGAGCACGUGGGCACUGGUGCACCCACCGGCGACAGCACGCACGUCUCAGGCAUCGCCAGCAACCCCGCCGCUGCAGCCGAAGGAUCCCCAUCCUCCUUCCAACGCCACGCAGGCAGCGCCGGUGACGUCGAAGACAACGACGACACUCAUCGCCGGGAUGCCGGGUCUCCCGCGCCUCUCGCUCGUCGAGGGGGCGUUCGAAGAGCUUGCCCAAGAACUCGCGACAUACAUCGACUCCAUCCGCGGCGAAGGCUCCAACCUCGCCUCCGACAUCCUGCCCAACCUCGGCGACGCAGAGAAGCCGGCUGAGGAGCGGGCAGCAGAUACGGACAAGGAAGCGGUGCUAAAGAAGCUCGUCGCUGCCUCGUCCGCACUCAACAGCGCACCAGAGCGGGAACUGCAGGCGGCGUACAACCUUCUGAUCCACCUCAUACAUCAAGCACCGAAGCCUCAAAUCUUCCUGCCGCGCGUAUGUCACUUCCUCACCAGCCCUAUCAGCUCGGCGAGCAGUCCGCAGACGGGCAACGGCAUCGCCCUCGGCAUACUGGGAACGCUGUUCAACACCAUCCAGCCGGAGGAUGUGAGCCGCUACCACGUCCUGCUCGCAAUCGUGACGGUGGUGGGCAGGAGCGGCACAUACAUCAACCUCCGCCCGCAACUCGCAGACGUCGACGAGUGGGUGAAGCAGUGGGAGGCUACUAGUGAAGACUUUGACAGCGAAGACGCGCAGAAAUUAUACCUCGAAAUCUCCAAAGCGGCAGCGGCCAGUAACAGCCCCGAUGCUGCUGAAGAGAGCUACCUGUACCUCCUCAAAGCACUACGAACAGCUCAAGACGAGCCCUCAUCCUCCGAAGCCCGCGAGCUAAGCAUACGAGCGCUCAAGACCGCGUUGGAGAAUGAGAAGCAUUUCGACUUCCAGGACCUCACCUCACUCGACAGUGUCCAAGCCCUGCGCAAAUCCGACGAGACUUGGUCCGACCUCCUCGAACUCUUUGUCGACCAAUCUUUCGACGACUUCAUGGACUUCAAGGAGUCCAACCCUUCCUUUCUCUCCGAGCAGAAGCUGUCAGAAGACGUGCUGGACCGCAAGAUGCGCCUCCUCACACUCUGUACCCUCGCCGCGCAAGCCUCGGAGACACGCACAUUACCCUAUGCCACCAUCUCCCGUCAAUUGCAGAUUCCGGCCGAAGAGACGGAGAGUUGGGUCAUCGACUGUAUCCGUUCCGGACUUGUCGAGGGCAAGCUUAGUCAGCAGCGCCAGGAGUUCCUCAUUCAUCGCGCUACGCAGAGGGUGUUCGGCGAGAAGCAGUGGAGGGAGGUGGCGAGUCGGUUGGAGACGUGGCGGAGCAGUCUGGUGAACGUGUUAGCCGUGAUCAGGCAGCAGAAGCAGGAGUACAUCACUGAGAAGGAGGCGGAGAUGGCGGGUCCGGAAGUCAGGAGCGGGCAGGGAUACAGGCCGGACCGGCGGCAGAGGAAUCAGGGUGGGAUGAUGGCGUUGGAGGUGGAGUAG